CUUCCCUUGGUGGCUGAAAUAUCGCCUGUUGCAUGGUUGCAUGUAAACAAAAGAAUUGAUGCACAGGUUAUCAAUUAGAAUCGGGUCAAAUGGUCGCUAAAAACAGAGAAUAGAUUAACACAUCACCAUGGUGUUGGGUUUGUUUGAUUCUGCAGUUCCAUAUAAAGACCAGCAUUAUAGUAAACUUAAAAAGCAAUGCAUUAGUAAGGGAGAAUUGUUUGUAGAUCCAGUAUUCCCCCCUGACAGUAAAUCAUUGUUCUACAGCAAAGUGGAAAAGGAUAUAGUGUGGAAAAGACCAGGUGAAAUUUCCCACGAUCCCAAAUUUUUUGUGGAAGGAGCCAGUUUUGAUGAUUUUUCACAAGGAAGUCUGGGUAAUUGCUGGUUUGUUGCAGCUUGUGCUUGUCUUACAGCUGAUAGAAAACUUUUAACAAAAGUAGUUCCAGACAUAGAUAAACAAGAGUGGUCAGAAGACAACAAAUAUAGUGGUAUAUUUCACUUUAGAUUUUGGAGAUGUGGUACCUGGACAGAUGUUGUUAUAGAUGAUUACUUACCAACUAAAGGAGGCAGGCUUAUCUUUGUACAGUCUAAAGCAAGAAAUGAAUUCUGGUCAGCUCUGCUUGAAAAAGCCUAUGCAAAGCUAUUUGGAAACUAUGAGUCCCUGGUGGCAGGCCGACCAAGAGAUGCGUUGGUUGAUAUAACUGGAGGUGUUGGUGAACUUCUAAGUUUAGAUUCAUAUAAAACUGAAGCACAAAAGUUGGAAUUGUUUGACAUUUUACAUGAAUCUAUAGAACAGAGAUCUCUAAUGAGUGCCUCCAUUGCUGCAUCAGCCAAUGAAAUGGAAGCCGAGUUAGAUGUAGGUUUAGUGAAGGGUCAUGCUUACAGUGUAACUGCUGUCAGGGACAUCAAACUAGGAACAGGACUCUUCUCUGUCUUCAAUGCAGAAAGAAUUCAUAUGGUGAGAUGUCGGAAUCCCUGGGGCGGAACAGAAUGGAAGGGGGCAUGGAGUGAUGGGUCAGCAGAGUGGAAAAAGGUCAGUUCUGGACAGAAAAAAGAUAUUGGACUAACAGUAGAAGACAAUGGAGAGUUUUGGAUGUCAUAUGAAGAUUUUGUGAAGUAUUUUAACCAUGUGGAUAUUUGUCAUGUAAUGAACACCUCCUUCUUCUCUCUAUCAAAGACGUGGUCAGAAGCAGUAGGUGUUGGUCAGUGGAAAAAGCCAGAUAGAUGUGGUGGAUCAGCAAGUUCUCCAAACUUCCUUAAAAAUCCUCAGUAUGUGUUUGAUAUCAAGGGACAGGAAGAUGAUUUAUGGAUUUCACUAGAACAAGAAGAUAAAAGUCGAUUAGAUAAAGAUAAAGGAGGCAAAAAUGAAUCAGUUGGAGCUGUUUUAAUUAAGGUAGAUGAAAACAGAGAGUUCAGAAUACAUGAUAUGAUGAAGAUAGUACAUCAGAGUACCUAUACCUCAGCAAGAAGUUUGUUGUCAAGGAUACAGAUAAAGAAAGGUCGUUACUGUGUUAUUCCCUCGACAUUUGAUGAGGGGAGUGAGUCCCAUUACGCAUUGAGAUUAUACUCCAGUGGAAACACAAAUUUCAAAGAGUUAUUAAAUGAAGAGCCACAAUCACCUAAAUGUGGAUUUAUAUGUAAGCCAAAGAUAGCUGCUACACAGAUUACUGUUAUUUCUGCACAGGGAUUGAAAGCUGUAGAUAAGUUAGGCAGUUCUGAUCCAUUCUGUAUAAUAAGAUGUGAUGGUUACAAAGAACAGACAAAUGUAGUCAAGAAAAAUACAAGUCCUGAUUGGGGAGAGAGAUUUACAUUUUAUCACAAAAAGCCAGAUAAAGAUAUUAUUGUAGAGGUAUGGGAUCACAACAUUAUAAAAGACACUUUUCUAGGUGUGUGUACAGUAUCUAUGUCAGCAGAAAAAAGAAACAAAUAUAAAGAAGAUGCAGCAUUUGAUUUUCCAUUGUAUGGUAAAGGGAAAGAAGCUACUGUUCAGCAAGAUGGAAAGUUAAAGUUAAAGAUUUGGCACACAAAAGAAAUGGAACUUGUCUAGUCCUUUAUCUUUUAGUGAAAUAGUUUUGAAGACAUCAAUGCAUUAUCUUUGAAAAACAAAGGUUGUGUGAAUGGUCAGAAAGAAAAGAAUAAACAGUGAAAGAAAAGAAAGAUAAUAAUUUUUUUAAGAAGUUAAAAGUAUAUUUAUGCUUUUACUUUUAAUUAGUUCGUUUUCAAUUUAUACCUCCAAAUAGUUAUAUAGAUCUCAGUAGAUUUUAUUUUAAUUUUUCAUCAGCAAUGCUUCAUGUAUAAUUUUAGGAAUCCUACCUGUAUAAAUAAAAUUAGCAUUGUUCUUUUUUCAUCAAGAAAAUCUACACAAAAUAUUACAUAAUUGGAGUUACUUACUUGUCUAUUCAAACACACAUAUCAUUACUAUGUUUAUUUUAUGUGGUGUCUGUAAAGUUUGUAUACUUUUAUUGUAAUAUACAUUUUACAAGGUUGUUUUACUUAUCUACCCACAUUUAUGUAUACUUUACACAUAUUUUCAUACAAAUAGCUUUAAUAUGUUAAUAUUUCCCUGUUAUUGGGGUUACUGCUAUUUUAUUUUUACAGCUUUGGCUUAAUUGAAAAGAAGGGUACAUGUUGUUGUAACUGUGUAUUUAUUCUUGAGAUUACUUAUAGCAUGUAUGUUAUUUCAAAUUUUCUUAUUAAGCUUAUUAGUUUAUCAAAAUCAAUAUGCCGUCCAUCUAUACAGGUAGUACUUCAUUUGCCACAGCGGCUUAGCCCGGUUGACGCUUCCGGUAUAGGCACAGUCGCUUCAUUUGCUGUAAAAUCAGCCGCCGGCGCAAAUAGGCAUACGCCGCCCUCGCCGGUCUUCACUCACCGGCAAGCAAUCAGCCGGUCAUAAAAGUAUGGCAGAAAGUGCAAUUUUAGAUAAAUAAUCGGAAUUUAAAAGGUGAAAAUUGAUUUUUAUCAAUCAGACUAGUAUAUUACAUGAUACUGUAUUGGUCCACUAUGACGAUAUUAAAUUGCCAUGCUAUAUUUUAUUUUCAAAUUUAUAAAAUUAUCUCGGAGAAACCUUUUUAUGAUGAAUAAAGCCUCAGAAAAAAAGACUGCAUGUUAAAAAUAUAUAUUUAUUGUUAAUAGGUUCAUCUUCUAUAUUCCCUAGCUUAGAAAGCAAAAAAGUAUAAAUUUGAACUUCUGUCGCCAUCUUUAAAUCAGCCGGUUCCACUCGUUUAAUUUCAGCCAUAUUUAACACGGUCACGUGAUAGGGCAAACCAGGCAUAGCCAGACCUAGAACAAUUGAAGCAGCCCCAUUAUUUACUGUAUGAAUACAUUAUGGUUUCGUGUUACUCAGUCUUUAGUUUACUAUGUUGUGUUUUGUGAAUGUUUGUCUGAUGGUCUUUUUCUUUUAAAGCCUUGGCUUGUAAUUUUAUUUUCUAAGUAUCAGUUUGAAUGACUUUUUUGUAUUUUUCACCUCUAUUUUGCAUGACAACUUUUUAUUUAAAUUACUCAAUGCAUAUUAUGGUUGUUGAAUUGUUAGUUUUGAUUCUGUUUUUCUUAUGUUCUCAUUUUCACAAUCACAAUCCUGUCAUCUUUCCUUGAUUGUGACAUCACCAAUCAUUGGAUCAGGAACUGCUUACACUUGGAGCACAUUAGAUUUUGGUAGGAUAUAUAUUCCUGAAUUUUUGGUUUUCAAAGCAGGGUUUUUUUCACUAUUGCUCUUGUUUUGUUUUUAUUGCCAUUGUUUUGUCUCUAUAACUCCAACUAUACUAUCUUCUGCCCCUUUAUACAUGAAGAUUGAUAGGAAAAUAAGGAAUUGUUUGCCCUCCCCCCUUAAUAUACACUUAUUUGUUGAAUUUACCUUGCAGCUAUGUGCUUCAAUGAACUGAUACAGGUUUAUUGACACUACACAAAGAUUUUUGCUCAAUUUGUGCUGAAAUUGCAGAGAGGUGUAACCAUUGGCUCAAGUAUUUAGGUCUAACUAUGACUUCAAAAUUUAGAAUAUCAGUAGAAAUUAUGUUCCUAUUUUUUGUGUUUAAUUCAGUGUGUGCAUUGAUUUAUGUAAUGAUUGCCUGAUCCCUUUCUAUUCCAUUUAAUAUAAUCAAAAUAGACUAUUGUGUUUUGCACAUGCUUUAAUGCCAGUUGUGUUCACAUAACAUAUAAGAAUGCCAUGCAGAAACUUACUAAUAAUUUAACUUAUUUAUUCAAACUAUUCUCCAACCUAUCAUUGAUCCUUCCUUUUCAUACAUAUGCAUAGUCUUAGAUUCCUUUAUUACUACAGCAAUUAUUAAUUCAGUUAAACCUUAAAUAUGCUUUUUAUAAAUAAUUUAGUCUGGGAUCGGAAUGUGUUUUCACUUUUGAAAGUCUCUGGUGCUUAUUACAGAUUAAUUUUUUGAUUAGAUUGGUGUAGUGCAACAUAUAUCCUUUUAAUUACCCUCUCUGAUAGUUGUGAAAAGAAGACUGAAUAAUAUCAACUAAAUUGAAAUACAGAUACUGUAGUCGCUCUAGACUUAUAAAAGGAUCUGACAAAGUUUCAUUUUACUUUUCUGUUUUAAAGGUGUUUUUUUCUUCAGAUUCUUAAAACUUUUUUUCAUUAGAAGCACACAUUUUAAAAAUUUAGUGUAAUAAAAAACUGGAAAGGAGGUAAAAGUUAGUCCAAAAUAAAAGGUAUUCAUAUGUGUAUUCACAUUCUACAAUUAAAAGCUUUCCAAAACAAACAGAUUAGAAACUUUUAAAAUAAUUUAAUAAACAGUCUUGAUCUGAUUCUUUGAUUUAGGACAAAAUUAUAAAACUCUGACAUAACCACUAAAGUUGAAAGUCAAAAACAGGAUAGAAGCAUCCUGUAAAGGAAAACUUCAAAUAAUUCAAGCUUUUGUAAUUUUAAGUACUUGAUAUACAAAAAUGCUGCAUACACUUUGCAGUCGCACAUCAUUUGCUUGUUUUCUCUAUUUGUAUUUUUGGGGUACUGGUAUUGUGUAUUUUCUUUGAGACAAAAGGCAUCAGUUGUGUUGAGUAUUUUAUGAAUUGUUGGCUUCCUGAAAUCAUGUUUACUGCAAUGCUUGACCCCUAUAUUUCUGUAUGUCUAUGACAUUUCAUUGAAGACCAUGACUAUACAUUAUUUUCUUUCAUAAAAUUUCAAUUUUAUUUGAUGUACAGAAACAUAAUCAAGUAGUUAGUAAAUGUUUUGUUUUUACUGUUGUUAAACUUAUGUUUUAUAUUUGCCUGUGCUAUUUAUUUUUUCUUUUAUAUUCUGUUAAACUAAACCAGUUAUUUAAGUCCUCUUAGCUUGUAAUUUUAAGUUUUGUCUUUAACCUGAUUUUUAACUGAGUGCCAAGUAAACUAAUAUAUGCAACCAAACACCAUAAGAGCUCUCAUUUGUACUAUGUGCAGUUUCUUUCUAAAAAUUAAGUUAAAGUUAAAAUAAUCAAACUGAACAGUUUAGUAUGUUACAAUUUUAAAAUUUCAAAUGUUUUAAAUAAUUAUUUGGUUAACUGGAGUUAAGCAAUGAAAAUUUUAGUUUUAUAAAUGCUUAUUCAUUUCUUUAGUCUUUGAGUUACAGUUUUCCAACAAAGCAAUGUAUUCAAGAUGAUCAUUUUAUGCUUAAUAUGUGAAAAGAAAGUCAUUUAAUGAUCAGAAAUACUUGUAGAUCAAAAUGAACUUGUUGAUUGUUCAUUUAAUGAUAUCCAUGUUUUAUGACAUAAAGCUUCCUGUGAUAUUAUAAGGCAUCUAUUUAUUGUUUUAAUACCUAUAUUGUACAUAGAAAUAACAAUAAAAACAGGUGCAAGUUUGUGUCUUUUUAAAAUAUGAUUUUUUUUUAAAGUCUGUCCAAUAUAGAUGCCAUUGAUGCAAGAAGAAAGUAUGGGUGAAAUAUAUUUUCUAAUAUGGAAUAAUUGUACAACCAUUUACACAAAUUUAUUUAUAAGGAGUAUAAAACAUUUUAUGUGUGAUAGGUAUCACAACAUUUUAUUAAUUUAUAUUUGUUUUGUGAUAGAGUAGUUAACUCUCAUAUAUUUAUUGAUAUUAAUAAAUUUCUAUGUUUACACAUAA